GGGGCAGAUGGGUUGGCUGAAUGUGCUUUGAAAGCUUUACAGGGAAAGGGGGGUUUGUAAUCUUUUUGGCUCAUUUGGUUCGUCCCCCCAUCCGAUUCACCUCACUCCGAUUGGUUGAUUGGAGGCGGGGCCGCCAUGCCAUAGCACACGAGAUUACUACAUUGCCACUCUAUCGCUCGCUCGCUCGCUCGACAGCAGCAGAAGCAGAAGCCGACGGAAGAAAGCAGGAAACAUACUGGAGCAACAGCCACAAUAAAGGUCGCAGCUUUCCAUGGUCACGGAGCUCUAAGAGGGUGGGCGAGGCAAGCUCCUAUGGGGAUCUCUUCGGAAGAAGCCGCGGAUCGAAGGAUGGAGGGGUGGCUGUACCUCGUCCGGCACAAUCGCCUUGGGUUGCAGUACUCGAGGAAGAGGUACUUCGUUCUUCGAGGCAACGCCCUCGAUUGCUUCAAGACCGCGCCCACGUCGAACGGGGAGGAACCUAGUAGGAGUGCAGUGGUUGACUCCUCCAUACGCAUCACUGAUAAUGGGAGAGAUAUUUUGCAUAGAAAUGUCUUGUAUAUAUUUACGCUUUAUAAUGCCUCUAAUCACAAAGAUCAACUUAAGUUGGGUGCUAGAAGCUCAGAAGAAGCAGCUAGGUGGAUCAGAUCUCUAAUGGAAGCAGCAUUAAAGGUUUUGAUGUUCUUGUUAGUUCUUUUGUAUUCCUUGACAAUACUGUACAUGUUUAUACAUUUGCAGGAAGGCCCAAACAAAGAAGAAAAUGUUGUAUCUCGUUCAAAAAGAAGAUUUAGGAUGAUUCGUAGGAGUGGGAGAAGCCAGAAACGCUCUGUAGAUUGGACUGUAUUCACAUCUGUGCUUGCUGAUCCAAUGGCGUCUGAUGUAAUUGCACCUUCCCCAUGGACGAUAGUUGGCUGCAGAAACGGCUUGCGGCUGUUUAAAGAGGCAAGAGAUGCUGAUUCUCGGGGAAUGUAUCGGGAUGACCAUCCAGCUUUAAUGGCAGUAGGUGUCAUUGAUGCAUCCUCAGAAGCCAUUUUCAAGAGAGUUAUGUCUCUUGGUUCAUCAAGAUCAGAAUGGGAUUUCUGUUUAUUAGAAGGCAAUGUGGUCGAGCACGUGGAUGGUCACACUGAUAUCAUUCACAAAAAACUGUGUGGUGAUUGGUUGCCAUGGCGAAUGAAAAGAAGGGAUUUAUUACUACGACGGUACUGGAGGAGGGAAGAUGAUGGAACAUAUGUAAUUCUGUACCACUCUGUUUUCCACCAAAAAUGUCCAUCUAAGAGAGGUUAUGUUCGUGCCUGCCUUAAAAGUGGUGGAUAUGUGAUAUCUCCAGUGAGCCAAGGAAAACAAUCAGUUGUAAAACACAUGCUUGCAGUUGAUUGGAAAUUUUGGAAAUCUUAUUUUUUCACCUCUUCUGCAAAGUAUAUUACAAUCCGGAUGCUAGGGAGAGUUGCAGCUCUUCGAGAAUUCUUCCGGGCAAAACUUGGUAGCAGGGCAUGCUCUGAUUUAUCUUCAAGUGAAUCAACAAGGGAAAUAGAGUUGCAACAGAGUGAAAAGGAACAAAUGAAACUAGAAGUACACUCAGCAGAUGAAAAUGAUAAUAUCGAGGACUCUGCAGAUGAGACACAGAGAUCACCUACCAAAAUUGCAAAGGCAAGUGGAUCAUUCCUUCAAAUGAAUGAUGCAGCUGAUGAGUUCUUUGAUGUUAUCAAUGAACCAGAGUAUGAUGAAACAGAGGCUUUGUGGCCUUCUGAGGAAGGCAUGAUGCAACCCCAGUUAGUGCAGGACCAGCAUCAUUCCAAGCUAUCAACGGCUGCAGUUUUCGUGAAAAAGUUGCAUGAUAUUGCAGUUCAAAAAAAAGGUUAUAUUGACUUACAGGAAGCCUCAUUAGGGGAAAGUGUGCCAUGUAGCUAUGGAUUAACACUUCCGAAAGACCUAAACUGUAGUUUGCCUUCCAGUUGGGCAAUGGCAGAUCCUUCAACAUUUUUAAUUCGUGGCAAAUCUUACCUACAUGAUCAUCAAAAGAUAAAAGCCAAUGGUACCUUGAUGCAAAUGGUAGCUGCUGAUUGGUUAAAUUCUGAUAAACGUGAAGAUGACCUCGGUGGUCGACCAGGGGGAAUUGUCCAGAAGUAUUCAGCGCAAGGUGGCAGUGAGUUUUUCUUCAUCAUACACAUACAGGUUCCAGGUUCGACCACAUACAGCCUAGCUUUUUAUUACAUGAUGGAUUGUCCAUUGGAAAGUGUUCCCCUCCUAGAAAGAUUUGUCAAAGGUGACGAUGCAUAUAGGAAUUCAAGGUUUAAACUCAUUCCAUACAUAUCAAAGGGUUCUUGGAUAGUGAAGCAAAGUGUGGGAAAGAAAGCAUGUCUGGUGGGUCAAGCACUUCACAUCAAUUAUUUUUGUGGGUGCAACUAUAUUGAGCUUGGAAUUGACAUCGGCUCAUCAACAGUUGCUAGGGGCGUCGUGAGUCUUGUUCUUGGUUACUUGAGCAAUCUGGUUAUAGAAAUGGCAUUUCUGAUUCAGGGCAAUACGGAAGAAGAGCUUCCCGAGUUCCUUCUUGGGACGUGCAGGCUGAACCAUCUUGAUGUCUCUAAAUCGGUUCCAUUAACCGAUGAUAAUCAUAAGAUUAGAUUAUGAUUUGCUUGCACAUAUAUGAUUCUUUCAUUUGAUAACAAGCUGGACAUGGAAGCAAGUACACUUGUUCCUGGAGAUGCAGUAACAAUUGGAAAUGAUACUGAUGUCUACUUAUAAUUCGUAGUAAUAUGUCGAUGCAUCAAUUAGAUAUCGGCUACAUUAUGAUAGAUUUUGGUCUUUAGAUGCUAUUUAAUUGCUUGUUUAUAUUCCAUUGCUGUCGAUUACAUGUUUAUAAGUAAUCUUUUGUGAUCAUUCA